CGGAAGUGAGGUAGACUGAAAUAGCAUGCCUUCCUAUGCAGAAUAAAUACAGUGAUGCUUCCCUCCUGAUACUGACUGUACCGUCAAGCUUGAUAAACGACAACAUUGAAAGGCUGUCAUAAAACAAACGAGAUGAAUUCCUCAAGAAGAAGCGAAAGCGAUUGGCAGGGUUUGGUCAGCGAGGACUCGAGUCUCACCAAAGACAUUUACAAAGACUGGCUUGUUGAAGAUCCAUGGGACAUCCAUAUGGCCCGAUGAAGAGCCUGCCGCAAAUCAAUAAAAGUGGGUGAAGCAGCUGUGACGAGCCAUGCUGCUGGAGCAUCACACAUGACGGCACUGCACAAGUUAAAAGCAGUUCCUGGUGUGUAAGCGCAAGUUGGAGAGCAAGAAGGAGGCCCUCCUGAUUCUGUCCAAGGAGCUGGAUACCUGUCAACAGGAGAGAGACCAAUACCAGCUGAUGGCCAACCAGCUCCGAGAACGCCACCAGGGACUCAAGAAGAAGUACAGGGAACUCAUAGAUGGAGACUCCAGUCUACCACCUGAAAAACGAAAUCAAUUGAAUUUGGCCCAGCUGUUGAGAGACUCCAGAGAAAGGAGUAAGCAGCUGUCUGAAGAGGUGAAGGAGCUGAGUCAACGACUGGCUGAGGCCCAGGGGGAUAACAAGCUCUUGCGGAUGACCAUAGCCAGACAGAGGUUGGGGGAUGAAGAGGUGGGGGCAAGGCACUUCCAGGCCUAUGAGCGGGAGGACCUGGUCCAGCAGUUGGAGACUGCACGAGAGCAGAAUCAGGAGCUGGAGCACAGUGUGAAAUCUCUGACGGAUGAGCUGCAGGAUGUGAGGGCGGAGCGUAACGUGUUCCAGGAAAAGGCCCAGCGGCUGAACCACGAGGUGAACCACAUCUUGGGGGGACACGAGUGUCGGAUUCUAGACGUAGAUGCACUCUGCAUGGAGAACAGAUAUUUACACGAGCGGUUCAAACAACUGCAGGAGGAGGUCACCAUGCUCAAAAUGAAUGUCAUGAAGUACAAGAGUGCUCUGGAGAGCAGGAAGAACUCCAAGACUUAUGGCAAAGCUAACAGCAGUGCACUCACUGGGGUGCUCUCUGCCAAACAAGUGCAGGAAUUAUUGCUUUCUGAGGACAACGGAUGUAGUCUCCCUGUCACGUCUCAGUCCAUCUCAGACCUCAAGUCCCUGGCCACAGCCCUACUGGAAACUAUCCAUGAGAAGAACCUGGUCAUUCAGCACCAGCGCCAAACCAACAAGAUUCUGGGAAACCGAGUAGGGGAGCUUGAGAAGAAACUGAAGACUCUAGAGGUCUCGGGAUUAUGGAGCCUCCCAGGCCUGACUUACAAUGUGUCUCUGGGAUUCUCUGGAAGAGGGAGAGAUGCCAUCAUCCUGAAUGAAACUCUGCAGCCUAGCUCCACUGUGACAAGCUCUGAGGAGAAGAAAGUACCAUCCAAUGAGCACGAAGUACCCCCUACUGAGCAAGAAGUACCUCCUACUGAGCACGAAGUACCCCCUACUGAGCACGAAGUACCCCCCAAUGAGCAGGAUGUAACCCCCAAUGAGCAGGAAGUACCUCCCACUGAUCACAAAGUACCCCCUACUGAGCAGGAAGUACCUUCCACUGUGCAGUCUACCACAGAGGAUGACAAGGUAGCCAAUGACAUGCAGAUCCCCGUCCCCGUCCCAAGACAUGUGGGGGGGUUACCCAGUGUGACUGGGGAUACAGAAAUAAGCACCAAGGAGUCAGAGCCACUAGUGUCACCAGUCAGCCUGGACACAUCCAAGCAAAACUAGUCAGGCAAAACUGCUGAGGAAGUCACUGACUGUUCUCAAGGAGAGACAAUAAACCUGGAUGAAUGUCAGACUGUCGACCAAUCACAAAGUGCAAAUGAGGUCACAGUGCUUCCAUGGUACCAAUUAGAUGAGACUGUAGGCGGGACUCCAUCCCCUUCCUCAAGGCCAGACUUGGACGUGUCCUCCUGUAAAGACAUAUGCCACAUAUCAGAGCCUCUAAAGGACACAAAACCCACCCAGAGAGAGGUGAGUUGGUCAGAUGACAACGUCUUUAGGGUGGGGUCUGAGGAGAUUGACAUGGCAGAGGGCUCUAUGACAGAAAACACCAAUCUUCCAUCCUCAACAUCAACCUGCAGCUCUCCUAUUCAAACAAGUCCCACCCACGGGGAGAAUAACCAAUCACACCACAAGUCAGAAAUCCUUCCCUUGAACAGUAGCCACUCAAAUGCUGAAUGAUCAGACCGGGAUGGGAAAACAGUGAAAAAUGACAGCUACUUCAGCCAAAACCAUGCCUAGAUUGACACUGUAAUAGAAUGGGUUUCAAUAUUCCUGAGGGUGCAUUCUGUAAAAUGUCGUACUGCUUACUGGUGAUUCCAAGCUCCCAAGAUUUCUGAAAGAGAUAUUACUCUGCUACAGUUGCUGUAACGUGGAAUUGAACCCUGCGGCCCUUCUAUUCAGUGGUUGAAGCUGGCCUGGACUGACCAGUACAGAGAACCUACUAGCUCCUCAUAUGUUCUACUGCUUUUUAUUUUUAUGUACACUGCUCAAAAAAAUAAAGGGAACUUUAAAAUAA